AGGCUGUCUGCCGGGUUGUUCAAUACUACAGUCUCUAGCAUGACCUGAUAAUGUCCUCACGAUACCCCCCAUUAUCUGGGUUUAAUUCCCGUGACAGAUCUCCCCAGCGCUUCGGCGACCGUCGACCUCCUGCAGGUCCUCGAGGUUCUGAUGAUGCGAAUUUACCCCCGCUGGGUCGAGAGCCACCCCGGGGCCCGAAGGCCUUAAUUGACCCCCCCCGGGGAGCCCCCUUUGGUGGCCGAGGUAGAGGAUAUCCGGGCCGUGGAGAUUUUCGAGAUCGGGACCGGGAUCUGCGAGAUAGGGACAGAGAUCGUGACCGCGACUUUCGGGAUGUUCGUGAUGGACCACCUCCUUUCCGCCGUGAUCUGGACCGCGAUUGGGGUCGGCGCGACCGGGACUUCGACCCCAGAGAUUCACGCAUUGGCUUUGGUCGCGGUCGCUCCCGGUCCCCGCCGCCUCCUCGCGACUUCCGUGAUAUGCGGGAACCUCUUGGGAGAGAUCCAGACCUGGUUCGUAUGCGACGCGGCUCCAGAGACAGCCUCAUUUCAGUGUCAUCUACCACUGCGGACAUUCCUUCUUCCGGGCCCGGCCAUCAUCCUCGCGGCGGGUCUAUACGUGGUCGUGGACGUGGUGAUUGGGAUGUUGGACGUGGCCGGGGCCGUAUUCCUUAUCUGGAUGAUCGCGACUCAUUUCGACGCCGAAGCCGUUCACGAGAUGGCAGAUGGGAUCGUGAUCGGGAAAGGGACCGUAUUAUGGACCGGGAUAGGGAUCGCGACCGCGAUAGAGAUAGGGAUCGUGACCGCGACCGAGAGCGUGAUCGUGAUAGAGAGCGUAUAAUGGACCGCGACCGUGAGAUUGAUCGCCGCGACCGUGAAAGAGACCGAGAAUUAGAUCGCCGUGAAAGAUUUGACCGUCGCGAUGAGCUGGACCGACGUAUGGAACGCGACGAUCGAGAGCGACCUACCGAUCUUUGGAAGAGAGAUCGGCCUCCGAGCCGAAAUGAAAAUCGGAUUCCCAGUAUUUCAGCAGCACCGCCUGUUCCACCACCAACGUUGCAUACUGCCCCUUCAACAACCGAUAGAAUUCCCGACCAACCGAUUAUUGAACAGACCCGCAAACCGUCCAUAGCUGAACCUCGUCGUGACUCUGAACGAUCUGAACCUGCUGUGGCACGCCCGGAGCCUCCUAAAGAUUUCCACACUCCUAUCAAACGAUCACCGCCUCCUGCAGCUCCGCAGGUGCCAGCCUUUGGCUCUGUUACUGCGCCUAUCCCUGACUUGUCUGCAGAGAAACGGCCGUUGGAUGCAGGUGUUGCACCCCCGUCCGCCCCGAAGGCAGAGAAAGAACACUACGAACCUGUGCCACGUGGACCUAUACAGCCUCCAACGGGGCCUAAAGCUUCCCGAAGUUCUCCCCAGCAGCCCCUGGAGCAACGGGUCAGACGUGAUGAAGUUUUGGAAGCCUUGGGGAAACAUGAAUCGGCCUCGCGGCUCUCUAAACCUCACCCAAUGGUACCUGCUGGGGCACAGAGGCAACCGGACCUUUCCCCACCCACUGCUCCAGCAGCAAUGACGAGCAAAGAGCCUACACUACCCCAUGUAGAGACGCCUUUGGCCAACAAGUCCGGGCCUAUUGUCAGCUCCCCAGAACUUUCAGCGAGGGGACCAUCUUCAGCCAACCGCGGAUCGUCACCCGGUCCACACACCUCCCCACUUAUGCCCUCGUCCAGUAUCCCUACGGGCCCGCGUGCUCUCCAACAACGGCCAUCGGUGUCCCGUGGGCCACCUAAAAGCAAUAAGCAAUGGGUUCGUCCUGGCUACAGAGGUCCUCCUCCGGUGCCUAAUCCAGCUCUUCCCUCACGUGAAUCUAUCGAUGGAAAAGAGCGGGUGUUAUCUGUUAGUGAGGAACCGAAACGGGAACAGCGAUUGUCGAUUGACGACAAUGCAUCGGGCCCCGAAGCUGGCGAAAUCAUCCCGGGGAAAGACACACAAAGAUCAAAGCGAGAGGUCUCGCCUGCAUCUCCAGAACGCCCCAAGUCCUCCAGUACCCGUGGUCCUAGCCCCAGCUUACCCCCUGCGGAAGAUGUCGGACCUAAAGACCAACCAGUUGGAGAUAAAAGAGAUGUUCUCAUUCCAGACUUUAGUCGGAUUAGCGACGAAGAUGAGGAUGAAAAUGUUGUUUUUACGCAGGAGUACUUAGAAGAGCGGAAACGAACGUUUGAGAAGGAUAUGCGAGUGUUGCGUGCGGAACUGCCCCCUCCGCCAUUAGAAGACCCGUACAUUGUCGCACUGCUCAUGCGGAUUCAAUUGCUAGGAAUGGUUGCUAAUGAUGCGGUGUCAGAGAAGAUAUCUACUCCGCCAGUGCCAGGGGACAAAAUGGAUACCAAAGACCUAGACCAAAUAGUUACCCCUCUAGAGGUUAAGCUGGACAAAGAUGCCGAAGAACAGGAACCACCAACUAAGUUAAUCCUGGAUUCACUCCCUACAGCUAAUUCCGUCACUAUCGAGAGCCUACCUUUCCUAAAUUCCGGCCCUCCGACUCCUCUCUCCGACCUUGAAGUCUACCAAGAAAACGCAGCAGCCCACCAAUCACUCAAAGAAGUAUUCCGUGGAGAGUUGAUGAAACGCCGGAAAGAAAUCGCCAGGAAGAAUGCUGCCUUGCAGCAUGAUUACGUGGAACUGUACAAGGAAUGGCGAUUUCGAGUGCAUGAUCUGGACCGUUCAAAAGAAAAGACUUCGCUGACACCGGGUCCGGCAUCUCCCCCAGUUACUGCAACACCAACACCUACGACUGCCGAAGGGAGGAGAUACAAGGGCAACAGUGAGCUUGAUUUUCAGAAUGCCCUCCGAGCAUCAGAGAUUUCUGCCCAGGAGGAACUUGAAAGGCGACGUGGCAAUAAAGCUACUGCGCAACCAGAUCUUGCCCGAGAGGCGGUUAUUCCAGACAUGCUCGAGCUCGAUGAAGCGAAGGCGCGUGUUUAUAAGGACACAAAUAACAUCAUCGACCCCGAUAAGGCAAUGGAUGUUUUUGGUUUCCUUCCGCCGCCUAACGACUUUACUCCUGCUGAGCACGAGAUCUUCACCGAUGCGUUCAUGGCUCAUCCGAAGAAGUGGGGAAAGAUUGCCGAAUCUCUACCUGGUCGUGAUUUCCGACAAUGCAUCGUCCAUUAUUAUCUUACGAAAGAAGAAAUCAAGUACAAGGCUAAGCUUAACAAGCGUUGGAGCCGACGUGGCCGUGCCAGAAGAUCUGCCCGACCAAAGUCCAAUGCGCUCAUGGCUGAUUUGGGGGUUGUCAAGCCGGACUACGAAGGCGAAGAGGAACCUGCCCCAGUCACAGACACUGGUCGGCCACGGCGCGCUGCUGCACCUACCUUCGGCGACUCCUCUGCUGAUACGGAGCAUACUAGUAAUGGCCGUCGAGGAGCCAAGGAUGGCGACCAACCAGAGAAGCCUGCUGGCCGAAGAGGGGGCCGUACCGGUGCAGGCUCACGAGGAGGCCGUCGGGGCAAAGCAGCUCAGCAGCAGCAGCAACAACAGCAACAGCAGCAGCCGCCACAGCCACAGCCACAGCCACAACCACAACCACAACCACAGCAAUUACCACAAACCGUCCAGCCAGAGCAGUCAAUUCACAUCUCAACAGUAACACCAAUCGCACCUUCUGUUGGAACUACUCCAAAGGUGGAGGUGCCCGAACCGUCUAUGGAUGGUGCGAGCGAGGCGGCGAUCGUACGGGCCAGCGAACCUUCCGAGAAGUUGGCAGCAGAGAUGCCCCCACGAGCGAGGUCUGGACGCGGCCGUCAGAAAGAAGGAGUUUUGGUCUUUGAGUCGGCAGAACAAGAGACACCAGCUAAUACUAGGCAACCAGAGGUAGGUUACGGAUCGCUGCAACCUACUAGUUACUGGUCUGUUCCCGAACAGCGCGACUUCCCUCAAUUACUGGCGCAUUUCGGCCGCGAUUUCGAGGGUAUCUCGAAUUUCAUGAAGACGAAGACAACUGUGAUGGUCAAAAAUUACUUCCAGCGACGCAUUGACUCUGGCCAAAAAGACUUUGAAGACAUCGUUGCCGAUGCGGAGAACAAAAAAGCCCGAGGAGAACGUACAGGUCCUUUGCCCGCCGCUCCUAAUAUUGCGUCGAGACGGCGCUACGAAGCAACUCCUUCAUCCAUCAUUAUGCCUCGUCCUCUUGCCCCUCAAAUAGAAACUACAACGCCUGAAUCGGAUGAAAAUCGGCUUGUGUCGAAGAGCAAGCAUAUGGCGCCAUCCCCGCAGACCGUACCUCUCCAUGCUCGGCCUCCACCAGAGAAGGAGCGUAAUGCUCCACGGUACCCACCACUCGCGCAAGCCAGCGCCCCUAUGGCCACUGGGCCUGUCUUUAGCGAGGACUUUUCACGGUCUCGCGCCCAUCAAGCAAGCUUGCCUCCGCGAGCUCAAGGUCCACGCCUCGGAUAUUUCGCUGAAGAAAGACGCGAGAUUCCCACUACUAUGCUAUCUCAUACGACUAUUCGCUCCCAGGAAGCUCCGAUUUCCGCUCGUCAAACGCCUGUUCCUGCGCCUGAGAUGGCGCGUAUGGAGCCGCUCCAUUCCCAAGGAUAUCGGACAUCGGGUGUUGAUGUGCACGGAUCGCCUCUUCUCCAAACACAGGGCACACUGCCGCCGACGCAGCAGUCCUACAUGCAGCCUCAGCCUCAACCUUCGCUUAUCCCCGCAACAUCCCAUUCCCGCCAGCAUAGUCUAACAAAACCCCCCGGCUCACCAGCACAAUCACUGCAGAAGCAAGAGCCAGAUAUCUCUCCGAUUCGCCACGAUAACAUGAGUCAGCGACCAUUUUAUCCUCUACCUGGCCAGCAAAUGGGCAUGUCUCAACCCCCGCCAGUUUUGUCGCCGCCUAAGGAAGUCCCUCAACCUGUGGUAAACGCAUCGGAGCCUGAGGCUCCUCGACAAGUGCCAGCUAAGCGGUCCAACAUCUUAAACAUUCUGAAUGAUGAGCCCGAGGAGCCUCAGCCACGUAAACGGUUCGCAAGUGAUCAAACCUCUUCAAAUCCCGCAGGAACCGUGGCGUCUCCGUCGCGACCGGUCUACACCGGCGCACAUUCAUACUCCCAUACUGCGGGCGCGCCCCGACAAGAGGAGGUACAUCCGGCGAUGGUGGCACAGAAGACCCCUGUUUAUGUUCAGCAAAACCAAUACUUACCGCCAUCCCGAGGUUAUACCGACUAUCAUCAGUCUUAUGCACCCGUUCCAGGAAGUGCAGGUACUCCCGCAAAUAACGACUGGAUGGCGCGUUUCGAUCCUCGAGGUCAACACCAGCAACCACAACCGCAACCGCCUCCGCCUCAGCAGCCAAGCAGCCGCACAAGUGGGUCACUCGCACCACAACCUCCAUUUUCGCCAUAUACUUCGGGCCAGUCAUUAUCUGGACACUCUUUGCCGAACCUUACUGCUCCGUCACCUGCACCAACGCCCUCACCAGCUCCUUCUCAGCGCGCUUCGUAUCACACAACUGUCUAUGCACCGUCGCCAGUGACACAUGCGCAGCCUGCACCUCUUGGCUCGCGUGACCUUGGCGCACAGAAUCAAGUAUUCCGCCAGACAAUUGGAUCGCCCACGUCUCGUACCAACACUAUCGCCUAUAGCACCCGCCAAGGCCCUCCCACCCCAAUUCAGUCGCCUGCCAAUUUGCUUGGGAUAACGUCGCGCCCUCCGACAACAGCAGCAUAUGCUUCCCCAGCAUCGGCAACACCAACACCGACGCAUGUCUCCGCACAACAACUUCCUGGCAACCAUCAGACGUACCAGCAGCAUGUGCAGACGAUGGUUAGUGGAGCACAUCAACAACCUUCGCAUAGAUCUGCGCUCAGUCUUGCGGGGGCACAGUACGGGCAUAGUACACCGCCUCCGCAAGCCCAAGUUUCGCGAACAGCAGGUCUACCUGGGCCACCGCAUCAGGCGAUGUCCAUGGGCCGUUCUUAUACACCUCCGGCGAUUCUCCAGCAAAAUUCAGCAGGCGGACUGAGCUACGCUCCUGGUGGGCCUCAGACGGUUGGUGCUGUCCAUCCCCUCCAAGCACGAGCCCCCGUAUCUGGGAACUUGGGUGAGAUCAUCCCUGGCCCUCACGGGGUAUCAGGCCACCAUCGAGUCUACAGUCAAGGGUCAAAUGCUGGGCCGCUCACAGGACACUUGACACCACAACAGCAACACCCGCCUCGAUAGAGCUGUAACGAACCCUAAUUUCUCAUUGCAUUUUUCUUUAUUUGCCGUAUGUAUUUACCAUCUGGCCGGCGCGAGAGGGGAUAUUGUCGAUGUACUCUACCUCAAAGCUUCUCUUGCUUCUCCUAUUACUCUCAUUAAUUUUUUCUUGUUCUUGCCGUGCGGGAGGGAGGCAUGUCUAUGAUUCAUGUAUGUAUAGUAGACGAUUCAAUCGAUGAAAGAACUCAA